GUAAUGUGGCACUUGACAAUUUACAGAUAAAGGAGAAUGCAUUAAAUGAACUGGAUGUACCUUUCAGAAUAAAAGUUGGUCAGAUAGAUAAACUUACUCUGAAGAUUCCUUGGAAGAAUCUCUAUGGUGAGGCAGUUGUUGCAACUCUAGAAGGCUUGUAUCUUCUCAUAGUUCCUGGAGCAAGCAUUAAAUAUGAUGCAGAGAAGGAAGAAAAAUACUUGCAGGAUAAUAAACAAAAGGAACUGGCAAGAAUUGAGGAAGCCUUGCAGAAAGCGGCGGAAAAAGGCACUCAUUCACAAGAUUCCUUGUAUGGGUUGGAGAGUCUGAUUUACAAGGACACCAAGCCUG